AAUCAGUGACGUACAAGACGAAGGGAAAAUAGGAAAGGAAGGGCAUAAAAAGUUGAAACGGAACGCGGUUAUUGGCUUCAAAAAGACUCUCAGUGAACGAGAGCGUUUCAUUCACUUAAACCACCAAUUCGUUCACAUCAGAAAGAGGAGACACAAGGACACAGAUAGCAUGUCGAUGAUUCACAUCACAAUUAAGCAGAAAGGACAGGAGCCUCGACCGCGACGCUGCCAUGCAGACGCUACUUUAUUCACAUGCCCCUUCUGCACUACUGACGUAUGUAAGCCAAGACAGUACCAUCAAAUAAUGACCCAUAUAGCUGGCCAUAAACUUAGAGCAGUUGAAUAUGGAGAUCAUGUUAUAUACAGCUGUAACAUUGGCUGUGGCAAAAAGGCCAGACAUUUUCACUGCUGCCAGUGUCCCAAGACUUACUUCAAUAAAGGUGCCAUAAAAAAGCAUCUUUGCAGCGCUCAUCCAAUAGCUACUUGCACUCCAGAACCACAACCUGUAAGUCACCCACUACAAGAAGCUCCUUCACAGCUACGACCAGCAUCUCAUCCACCACCAGAACCUCCUUCACAGCAACCAGAACCUCAUCCACCACCAAAACCUCCUUCACAGCUACGACCAGCAUCUCAUCCACCACCAGAACCUCCUUCACAGCAACCAGAACCUCAUCCACCACCAAAACCUCCUUCACAGCUACGACCAGCAUCUCAUCCACCACCAGAACCUCCUUCACAGCUACGACCAGCAUCUCAUCCACCACCAGAACCUCCUGCACAGCAACCAGAACCUCAUCCACCACCAAAACCUCCUUCACAGCUACGACCAGCAUCUCAUCCACCACCAGAACCUCCUUCACAGCUACGACCAGCAUCUCAACCACAAGAACUUGAUUUUCAGCAAGCAGCACCUGACCCACAAGAAUUAGCAGCUUCUCCAGCGAUUGAGAAAAAGCAAAUCUCUAUUCAGGUUCCUCGUAGGCACAUCACAGUUAAGCAGAAAGGGCAAGCACCUCGACCGCGACGCUGCCAUGCAGACGCUACUUUAUUCACAUGCCCCUUCUGCACUACUGACGUAUGUAAGCCAAGACAGUACCAUCAAAUAAUGACCCAUAUAGCUGGCCAUAAACUGAGAGCAGUUGAAUAUGGAGAUUAUGUCAUAUACAGCUGUAACGUUGGCUGUGAAAAAAAGGCCAGACAUUUUCACUGCUGCCAGUGUCCCAAGACUUACAUCAAUAAAGGUGCCAUAAAAAAGCAUCUUUGCAGCGCUCAUCCAAUAGCUACUUGCACUCCAGAACCACAACCUGUAAGUCAUCCACCACCAGAACCUCCUUCACAGCUACGACCAGCAUCUCAUCCACCACCAGAACCUCCUUCACAGCAACCAGAACCUCAUCCACCACCAAAACCUCCUUCACAGCUACGACCAGCAUCUCAUCCACCACCAGAACCUCCUUCACAGCAACCAGAACCUCAUCCACCACCAAAACCUCCUUCACAGCUACGACCAGCAUCUCAUCCACCACCAGAACCUCCUUCACAGCUACGACCAGCAUCUCAACCACAAGAACUUGAUUUGCAGCAAGCAGCACCUGAUCCACAAGAAUUAGCAGCUUCUCCAGCGAUUGAGAAAAAGCAAAUCUCUAUUCAGGUUCCUCGUAGGCACAUCACAGUUAAGCAGAAAGGGCAAGCACCUCGACCGCGACGCUGCCAUGCAGACGCUACUUUAUUCACAUGCCCCUUCUGCACUACUGACGUAUGUAAGCCAAGACAGUACCAUCAAAUAAUGACCCAUAUAGCUGGCCAUAAACUGAGAGCAGUUGAAUAUGGAGAUCAUGUUAUAUACAGCUGUAACAUUGGCUGUGGUAAAAAGGCCAGACAUUUUCACUGCUGCAAGUGUCCCAAGACUUACUUCAAUAAAAGUGACCUAAAAAGGCAUCUUCACGGUGCUCAUCCCAUAGCUCCAGAAACACCUUCUUUACAGCCACCAGCACCUGGUCUAUUACCAGCUCAUCCAGUGAUGGCUCAAAGAAAGAAAAUCUCAGCGCAGUGUCCUCACUGUGGGCUCAGUCUUAAUUCUAAAAAUUUAAAGAAACACAUUGAGCGGAAGCAUCAUGAAGCCUUGCAUACCGUAACUUCAGUUCUACCAGCACAGUGUGUUGACAAAAAGAAUGGACUAUUUGUUGUUUUAGAAUCAUUUUAUGGGCCCUGUACCCCCAUUCAUGUGGUCAAAAAAUUUUGGGGUUCAUCCCACAAGGUUAAGUGUGAAAUGGAUAAUUGCAACAGUCGUGUUGAAGUGGCACAAAGGAGUGGACAUUUGGUUGCACAAUGUGUGCAUCUAAGCUCAGUAGACUACACCUGUGCUGUUGCACCGAGUGAGGAUUUAUCAGAGCAUUUGUUGACUGAGAUGGUGGAGAGAAAAUGGAUUGGAGACAUGAGGAAAAAACGAUGCCUUAAGCUGCAAAAUCAAGCUAAGCUUAAAGGUGCCACAUUUACUAGCCUUGUUACCAUUGGAGGCCCUGACUACAUGUAUUAUAUAUCAAUAUAUGAGCCAAAGGUGUCACAUUACAGUAAACUGGGCAGAGUCUUGGUGGAUUACAAUGCCAAGACAAACACUUGGAACUGCCCUUGUGGCAAAGGUGGAAAAUCAUGCCUGCACAAAGGUAUUGCAAAGUGGUGUCUCUAUCAAAUGAAGAAGCAGCUCUUCAAAAACCUGCUUGAAGCAGAGGAAGAAAAUGAAUCGGCGCAACUUGAGGAUCUAUCUAGCCAAAAAUGGGGUGCCCAGCGACUAGUUGGGAUAAGAAAAGCUGGGACAUCUCAGCCCAAAAGAAAAACUGACUCUGACCCACAACGAACUGGCACUUCAAAUCGGUGAUUCUACGGAUAUCAGUGAACAAAGACAGCAUGAAUGUAAAAUGAAGAAAAUAAAAAGAAAUCCAAUGUCCAAUUAUUUAAUUCUUGAUGCUGGGAAUGUAAAUAAAUUAACUGACAAUUGAGAGAAGCUAUAGUGAUUUAUUCUGGGGGAAAGAAGAGCAUACAGAGACCAUCGGCUUUUUAAAAACACAUCACCAUAACAGAUCCAACGGUGAUCCCCUUUGUGUUUUUCAGUUCAUAGCAAAGCCCAACACACAUUUAGAGUUGUUA